CAAAGUGCUGUCCUACCCCUCCGCAGUUUUGUUGACAGAGAUUUGUUUAUUGAUUUUUCCGCACCUGUCAAGUGGUGCAAAAAUUUGCUGCAAAAUUCAGUCCACUUUCGGCAGUAGCUGGUGUAACUUUUCCUCCUUGCGCUCGGAACCACAAAAAUCCGCAAAAAUAACGGUGAAAAAUAUGACCGAGGUCCUGAGCAACAACACUACCGACAAGGUAGCUGCGCUUGUGAAGGAAGCCGAAUCGCUCAAGGCCAAACUGGAGGAGGAACGGCAGAAGCUGAACGAUGUCACUCUAUCUUCCGUGGCUGAGCGGCUUGAAAUGAUCACGUAUCUCAACAUCAAGCCCCGCCGGGUACUCAAGGGGCACCAGGCAAAAGUACUGUGUUCCGAUUGGUCGCCCGACAAGAGGCACAUCGUUUCGUCUUCGCAGGAUGGGAAGUUGAUCAUCUGGGAUGCUUUUACCAACUACAAAGAGCAUGCCGUAACGAUGCCCACUACAUGGGUGAUGGGCUGCUCGUACGCUCCGUCCGGGAACCUGGUGGCUUGCGGUGGACUGGAUAAUAAAGUAACGGUGUAUCCGAUUACUAUGGAAGAAGAUAUUUCUUCCCGAAAGAAAACCGUUGGAACGCACACGAGCUACAUGUCUUGCUGCAUUUUUCCCAACUCGGACCAACAGAUACUGACCGGAAGUGGCGAUUCCACUUGCGCUUUGUGGGAUGUCGAAUCGGGCCAGUUGCUCCAAAGCUUCCACGGUCACACAGGGGAUGUAAUGUCAAUAGAUCUGGCACCGAACGAAACUGGUAAUACUUUUGUGUCGGGCAGUUGCGAUAAAAUGGCAUUCAUCUGGGACAUGCGGAGCGGCCAUGUUGUCCAGUCAUUUGAGGGACAUCAGUCCGAUGUCAACAGCGUCAAAUUUCAUCCCAGCGGAGAUGCAAUCAGUACUGGUUCAGACGAUAGCACUUGUCGACUGUUCGAUAUGAGAGCGGAUAAGGAAGUGGCCGUAUUCAGCAAGGAUAGCAUAAUAUUUGGUGUCAACUCGGUCGACUUUUCCGUCAGCGGUAGAUUGUUGUUCGCUGGAUAUAAUGAUUACACAGUAAAUGUAUGGGAUACACUCAAAGCACAACGCGUUUGUCUACUAUAUGGCCAUGAAAAUAAGGUAUCUUGCCUACAAGUUUCUCCGGAUGGCACAGCAUUGUCCACCGGAAGCUGGGAUUUCACCCUUAGAAUAUGGGCUUAAGUAACGCAAUGUGUCGUCAAACAAUAGAAUAUAUCACACAAACAAAGCGCAAUCGCUGUAGUAUUGAAAAAUUACAAUGAAUGAAGUAUUAGGAAGAACUAAUAAGAGUUGUUGUGUCUCUCUGUCUAUAACUAAAGAUAUUCUAUCAAAAUAUCGUUGAUUAGUCAAAACAAAUGCAUUUAUAAUCAAAAAUUUUUCGGAUGCUUUUGCCUUAGACCAAUAUUUGUUUUAUACUUAGGCGUAUUUUCCUUUGUAAUUUAUAUUUUACCAAAGAUGAAUAUGUACAAAUCAUUUUACCAUUUUAUUACGAUUCAGAAAACUGUCAUACAAAUCCAUUGAAUAGCAUAAUUAGAACAUAUUUAUUAUAUUUGUUAUUAUUUAUAUUACGUGCCAUGCUGCUAGCAUUAGCAAAACUAUUUACCUAAACUCAAUAAACUGAAUGUAUUCUCUAUAUGUGUAAUAA